AUGGCUGGAACCCCGUCGCCGAGGCAGUUUGUCAUCUUUGGAUACAACAUCCAGUACACCCUCUCGCCCACGAUCCACAAUGCAGCCUUCGCCGCUCUCGGUCUUCCCCACCACUACUCCAUCCACGACGUCCCGUCGCUCGAGCCAGACGAGACGCGCGCUCUCCUCUCCGCUCCUUCCUUUGGCGGCGCGUCUGUGACUUUGCCUCACAAGCUUGCAAUCAUCCCUUUCCUCGACCAGGUCUCCGAUGCCGCGUCGAUGAUCGGGGCCGUCAACACCAUCAUCGUCGACGACAGCGACAGCUCGAAGCGCGUCCUCAAGGGCGACAACACAGACUAUACUGGAAUCAGAGACUGCAUCUCUGCCGCUCUUCCCUCUGGUGCUCCACCGCUUCAAUCCGGGCUUGUCAUUGGUGCCGGUGGCUCAGCGCGAGCAGCAAUCUACGCUCUGUACUCGCUCGGCGUGCCCACGGUCUACAUCUACAACCGCACCGUCUCUAAAGCGCAAGACAUCAGCCGCGAGUUCAGUUCCCGCGUCAAAGUAGUCGUCAUUGAGUCUCUUGACCCGUCAAGCUGGCCGGCCGGCGCGUCUUCCCCGCAGGUGAUUGUCGGCAACGUGCCCGGCGACGCGAUGACAGAGUCUGAUUUCCCUCCAUCGCUGCUGUCGAGCAAUGCAGGCGGCGUGAUUGUCGAGAUGGCGUACAAGCCCGACGUCACGCCGCUCAUGCGAGCUGCUGAAAAGUCUGGUGGUGCGUGGAAGGUUGUCAGAGGUACAGACGUGCUUCUCGGACAGGGAUACGAGCAGUUUAGACUAUGGACUGGCCUGGAGCCGCCCAAAGAGGUAAUGAUUGAUGCGCUGACGAAGGAGGUCGAGCGCAGGAAAAAGAGCGAGUAA